AUGCUUCCGCCAGACUUCAAGCGGAGGAACCCGCUCAGGGUGCGACCUUUCCAAGACUUCGAUGACGCAGCCCCACCACCAUCCAAUGCCCGAAACAGGCUCCUGAACAUGGUCCAUGAGACUGGAGGCUUUAACCCAACUUGGAGGAGAAAGAAGGGUGAGGAAUACAUCGCCCCUAAAGAAGAUGACGAACAGGAGCCUUCGAAGAGGAAGCGCAAGAACAAGAACAAGAAGACGAAGGAGGCAAAGGACCCCUUGCUUGACAAGACGACUUUGGACGAAGGGCAUGAUGCGCAUGAGUUCGACCCCAAGAUGAGCAUACAGGGAGGAUUCCUGAUCGUUGUUCCAAUCGAUCUCUUUUCCCUAUGGGAGAAGGAACUCCAGAUGCACUUGGAAAACCCUCCAAGUGUCAUUGUAUACCAUGGACACCAGUCGUGGUACCACUCCACUGCGCAUACUGCAGACGAGCUUGCCGCAGUUGAUGUGGUAAUAACAUCCUAUGAGACGUUACGGUCAGAUUACGAAGAUGCCAUGGCCGCUGCAGCGUCGCACGAAGACUUCUUCAAGACACCGGUUCACGCACGUUCCCCCACCAUGGUCAUAUACUGGAGGGGCCAAAUCUUGGACGAGGCACAUGAGAUCGCAAACGACAAGACUGGUGUCAACAAGGCUGUAAAUCGCGUUCGAGCGUUGAUGCGUCUGCCACUUACGGGUACGCCAUUCCUCAACGAUUACACAGAUAUCCAUUCCCAGCUGUCGCUGAUCAAGCUCGCGCCCUGCGAAGAUCCGGAAUUUUUCGCUUCUCAUUUCCUCUUACGUCCUGGGGCCAAACAGUGCGUAUACUGCAUGUUCUAG